AUGUCGACAUCUCCAUCGAUACGGAAGGCCGAGCAGCCCAUUCCGUGGAAUCGUGCAACAGCACGUUCACUAGACGAUGGAGCUUACAGGGAGAACAGGUCGUCAGGUCAUGCUGAAGAACAGGUCUCCCAAUACACCAACGAAAAUUUGGGUGUUGCCUCUGAUGAAGAUGAUGAAGGCAGUCACUCGUCUUUCAGCGCAUCUGAAGAUGACGAUUGGACCGAACCUGAAGAGCAGGACAGUACUCGUUUUGAAAGGCCUCUCAGAUGGAUCAAGAGGAAUGAAUUUCCUACCAAGAUGCAAACUGGGAUGGGCACCAAUUCGGGCUCGAUGUCAACCUCAGCCGGCACAGGAUCUGGUCAGAGUGUCUCGGAAGAUUCAAGUUAUCAAAGCCUGAGUCUUCUUGCCUCGGGUCCCACACGGAGCAAAAGACGGCGACUGCCUGGAGAGGAUGGUAACUCUGACAAUGAGGAUGGUGGCAAUGGCAAGAGAACUUUGAAGGUGCAUCUCGCCACGGCCGAGUUCCCACGAUUCGCCUAUUAUGAUCUCAGAGCGGUCCUGCCAGUUCACUAUCCAGCUGCCCUUCAUCUGGGUCACCGAACAACGCCUGCCGAACCUGAGACUUGUCCAGCGCAUCAGGAAACCGACAUGGAUAUUCUGGACAUAACUCAGCAGUCUCAAUUCGCAGAGAACGAUGGCAAUUUUGCUAUUGGUGAAAUGACUUCGUCGGGAGUCACUUCCGGGAAUGCCGAUUUUGAUGCCGAUGUGGAACAUCUGUGGUCAGAAGCUAGUCAUUUCAAUAACCAUGAUGCGGCGCCUGGAUUGGAAUCGCGACCGGGUGGGCCGUUUGGCCUUUCCGACUUUGCACAAGAGCGCUACCCUCAGAUGGAGACUAUACAGCCAAACGAAUCUGGCCUUCUGUUCACGGAAGACUUCCCUGAUCUUGUGGAUGACUCGAGAUUUGCAGCAAGAGAAGUUAUUAACUCAGAACUGCAGAGAAUCUUGAAGGAUCUUCGACAAGAGCUACAGCGCCAAAGAAGGAAAAAUGACAGGCUACAGUCGAUCUGUUCUUCGCUAUCGGGCCAUGUUGAUGACUUGUCGCAGCUCCACGAAGACUUCGUUAUGGAUCUUGCAAGGCAACCAGCAGACGCAGAUAAAGUGCACCGCUUAGGUGCUCAAGUUUCUCGAUUUCGGGAAACACUUGAAGCUGCGACUUAG